CGUCCGUAAUUCUCGCAAAGUCUAACUAGUAUGGUAUGAUGUCAAAAGUUUUUUACAAAUUUAAACAGAAAUGGGCACAAUACCGCUACCGAUUUGUUCCUUGGAUUGCAUUGACUUUGAAUAAGAGGUCAGCGAGAACAGUCAACAAAGGUCACAGGGACAAAUUAAUUCCAGAUGAAGCUGUCCACAUAUCCAUAUUGGAUCUGUUUGAAAGAUUUCACCAGUUUUACCCAGCUGAUGAGAAAGUGUGCCUUAGUGCUGCUUACAGGGCACUGGGUGACAGAAACCCCGCCCACAUAGCUAAACACAAUCUGCUCGUGACUGAGAAACAUUUGGGCUUUAAGGUAGAGAAGAGGCGUAGCACUCUGCCCCAUGGAGGUAUGGGGGUGUUUGUCACCAGUGGGCGUGUACCUCCGGGGGCUGUGGUGUCUUUCUAUCCGGGGACAGUGUAUUAUCCACAUGAAGCCAUUUUAUUCCAAAGCAUUGGCAAUCCAUUCAUCCUCAGGUGUAUAGAUGGUGUUUUGAUUGACGGGAAUGACCGAUCACUCUCAAAGAUGAUUUUUAACUCAUGUUCCCAAAGAGACAGGCGGGGUCCAUUCUACACCUGUGACUCGUCAUGGCUGACUGAUUUCCCCCAGAAUCCUCUGGCUAUAGGGCAGUAUGUUAACAACCACACAAAAGAGUUUCCAGCGAACGUGGUGUAUCAGGAGUUUGAGGUUCCUGUGGGUUUUCCUUUCCACCUGAAACAGUUCAUUCCCAAUGUCUUCUAUUCCUCACAGAUCACAGAGGACCCAGCAUCCCCACUAAGAUGCCUGAGGUUAGUGGUUCUGGUGUCCAUCAGAGAGAUACAGGCUGGAGAAGAGCUGUUCUCAUCUUACUUCACUGUCGUCUGUUGACGUCCGUCAGGAAGAUUACGCCUAGAGAGAAACUAUUCUAUCUUCACUGUCGUCUGUUGACGUCCGUCGGGGAGAUUAUGCCUAGAGAGGAACUAUUCUGUCUUCACUGUUGUCUGUUGACAUCCGUCAGGGAGAUUACGCCUAGAGAGGAACUAUUCUGUCUUCACUGUCGUCUGUUGACAUCCGUCAGGGAGAUUACGCCUAGAGAGGAACUAUUCUGUCUUCACUGUCGUCUGUUGACGUCCGUCAGGGAGUUUACGCCUAGAGAGGAACUAUUCUGUCUUCACUGUCGUCUGUUGACGUCCGUCAGGGAGUUUACGCCUAGAGAGGAACUAUUCUGUCUUCACUGUCGUCUGUUGACGUCCGUCAGGGAGUUUACGCCUAGAGAGGAACUAUUCUGUCUUCACUGUCGUCUGUUGACGUCCGUCAGGGAGUUUACGCCUAGAGAGGAACUAUUCUGUCUUCACUGUCGUCUGUUGACGUCCGUCAGUCAGAUCAUGCCAAGAAACUAACACCAGCCGACAGGGAUAUCACGUCUAGAGAGGAACUAAUACCAGCCGACAGGGAUAUCAUGUCUAGAGAGGAACUUGAAGAAUAAAUCAAGGAUGGGCAGAAUGAGCUGCAUGUCAGAACUUGUGAAUAAUUAUCAUGAUACGCAUUUACGUGUUUAUAAAAUUAAACGUUCAAAAUAUGAAAUUGAUUUUUAUACAAAGCAAUUAAAUAGUACAUUUAUUUAGAA